UCUUAUUGUAGUACCAACAAGUACCUUACCUACAAGUGCUGCAAUGGAAACAACAAUGGAACCCACAACAACAUCAACUGUAACAGCAAAAUCUGCCCAAACAUCAACUUCUCAGACAACUGAUCAGAUAACAAACAAAUCCUAUAUAAUAGGGACGUCAACAGUAGCACCAACAACAGAGCCUCCAACAACUCCCAGUGAAACUACAGUGCUAGAAACAGAAGUUUUUCCCACAACAUCCACACCAUCUACAACAGCAAUCAUGACCACAGAGCCAGCAACAACAACUGUUGCUGAGACAACAGUGGCUCUGACAACAGAGCCUCCAACAACUCCCAGUGAAACUACAAUGCUAGAAACAGAAGUUUUUCCCACAACAUUCACACCAUCUACAACAGCAAUCAUGACCACAGAGCCGGAAACAACAACUGUUGCUCAGACAACAGUGGCUCUGACAACAACCAUCUCAUCAACAACUGUUCUGAUAACAACAGACUCUGCCAAAGCAACCACUCGCCCAGUGACAUUUACGCUGAGAACCGUCUUGCCUCAAGUCACCCAUGAUCCAACAACAGAUGAUUUAGAAACUACAGAUUUGCCCACAACAACCACUUUACCAACGACUGUUGCUCAAACAACUUUCUCACCUAUAACUGUCGCUUUCACAACAGAAGACUUGACCACGAUAUCAAUUGCUCCAAAUACAGAUGCUGUAACAACAGACUUGCCAAUAACAACGAUUGCACCAACAACAGGUGCUCUUGCAACAAAUACAACAACACCAACAAAUACCCCCACUUCAACAGAUGCUUUAACAACAACACAUUCUCCCACAGAACCAGCCUCAACAACAAGAGUGUUUCCAUCAACUGCAGAUUUUUCUAUAACAACAACUGCUCCAGCAACAUUCUUUCCAACAUCCACUACAGCUCAAACAACAGUUGAUCUCACAACAAGAGACUUGACCACAACCACCAUUGCUCCAACCACAGUUAGUUAUACUCAAGUGUUGUUCCAACAACCAAAGUUUCCCCCACCACCAUGA